GGUUUCUUGAUCGGGAGUGCCGGUCUGGCAUUCCGUCGGAUAGGUGGCGGGCGUAGUCCGAUUUGGCCGUGUCGUUGUGUUCUGGCUGUUGUUUCUUCGUCUUCCUUUUUUGAUGCGUCUCUAGUUUGAUCGGGGGGUUCUUUCUUUUUUUUUUGAGGUCUGAUCGGGGGGUUCUUGAGGUGGAGAGAUUUGAUCUUGAUCGUUCCGGGAUCACUCGCUUUAUUCAUUUAGUCGAAUGGGUAGCAGGCGUAGAGCAACAGAGCAGAACAAGGUGGGAUCCUACUGGGUCAGGCUUCAGACGUGAGCUUUGCGUGUUCUGUUGCUUUCAUGAUUCCUUCGUGCGUGCGCCGUUCUUUAGUGGCGAAGUGCUUGACUUUGUGAGCUGUAGGACUGAGUUGAUUCGUAGCAACUCUGGUAUGAUCUCUUGGAGAGUUCAGUGUAGUUCGCUAUGUUAAUUUGAGAGAUUUGCGUCUCUAUGGUCUUGAAUCAUCAUUUCCAUCAGUAAUUCAGCAUUAUGUUUGAUUUUGUUGAUAGCUGGGGUAGCAUAAAAUCUUAGAUUCGGUUUUGUACUUUUUUUUACUGUUUCUCCCCUUGAUCCGAAGAUACUCUCCAGCAUGCCUUGAAGAAAGGAAAGAUUCCAUCUUUAUGGCUUGGAAUUCCGUUAAAAGAAAAGAAGCCGCUUCUGACUCUCUAUCUCUCUUCAGUUACUCGGCAAAAGAGUUAUGCUACUGGUUAUACCAUUCUCAGAGCACUGGGAACAUUGAAAUUUCAAUUGAGAAUUAACUUUUAUGAGCUGUAGCCGCAACAUCUCUUGGGUGGAACAAUCAGCCAAUGUUUGAGUAAAAUUUCAAUGUGAUCGGGUAUCAGUAGUGCUGGUUAUUAAGAAAGAUGGGGGAUGUAUACCUGGCUGAGCCCGAGGAUGAGGUUGCACCAUCAAUGUGGCCGGAGAACAUAGGAGAUAAACACCAGAAGCAGUUCAAAAUGGAGAACUUUGGAAAGGAUCUGGAUGCUUUCAAGGAUGUUAAAUUUGAUGAGAAGCCUGUUGCUGUGGAUUUCCAACAGCUUAUGGAAAUGGCAGGUUCUGAGAAAGGUGUUUCUCAUAUGCAAUACUUUGUGAAGCGCUGGGAAUGUAAGAGGGCCAAUGCUGCUCGUCUUCUGGAGGAAGAGCUUGGUCUUCUUUCCCAACAGAGGAAAGAGAUUGAACAAAAAAAGCUACAAAUCUUGGAGGAGCAACGAUAUCAGGAUGAGAGUUAUUAUGCUGUAAAGCGGCAUGUACCAAUACUGGAUGAAGUUUACAAAGAUGAAUGGAAGCGUCCGAGCAAAAAGAAUGAUGACCUUUCCUGUAAACAAGAGCUUAAAAUAGAUGCAGAAUACGACAGUAUUUCCUAUUGGAAAGAGAGGGCGAGGAAGUUAGAAAAAACACUUGAGGUAAGCCUUCAAAGGGAGCGUUCACUGGCUGAAAAAUUGGAGGAAAAUAUAAAGAAUCUACAGUCACACACACCAGUGGAGGAAUUCUCUGGAAUGUUAAAACGUGCUGAUUACUUCUUGCACUUGGUUCUUCAAAGUGCUCCUAUUGUUAUUGCUCAUCAGGAUGCUGAUUUACGAUACCGUUUCAUAUUUAAUCACUUCCCUACACUUGCUGAUGAGGAUGUUAUCGGUAAGACAGACUAUGAGAUAUUGUCAGGUGAGGGUAUCGAAGAAAUGAAUAAUGUCAAGCGAGAGGUUAUGGCCAAGGGUGUUGCUACUAAGAGAGAGUUUGUAUUUAACACACCGCUGUUUGGAGAAAAAACAUUUGUGACUUACAUUGAGCCAGUUUUCAGUAAAGCUGGGGAAACAAUUGGUGUGAAUUAUGUUGCAAUGGACAUAACAGAUCAGGUCAAAAGAAGGGAGAAAAUGGCAGAUAUACGGGUGAGAGAAGCUGUCCAAAAAGCUAAGGAAACAGAGCUUAGCAGAUCUCUUCACAUAACAGAGCAAACAAUGCGAGCAAAACAAAUGCUAGCCACUAUGUCCCAUGAGAUCAGAUCUCCUCUUUCAGGGGUUCUCAGCAUGGCCGAAAUUCUUGCAACUACCAAACUUGAUAAAGAACAAUAUCAAUUGGUAGAAGUUAUGUUAUCCUCUGGAGAUCUUGUAUUGCAACUGAUUAAUGAUAUCCUUGAUCUUUCCAAAGUGGAGUCAGGAGCUAUGAAACUAGAAGCUACAACAUUUAGACCAAAGGAAGUAGUUAAACAUGUACUCCAAACUGCGGCAGCAUCUCUGAAGAAGGAAUUAACUCUUGAAGGGUGCAUAGGUGAUGAUGUUCCCGUGGAGGUCAUUGGUGAUGUGCUAAGGAUCCGGCAAAUUCUGACGAACUUGAUCAGCAAUGCGGUGAAGUUUACACAUGAAGGGAAGGUUGGAAUAAAUCUUCAGGUUGUACAUAAACAGCUACCAGGGUGCAAAAUAGAACAUGAGCAACUUUAUAAGAGAGUCCAUUCUGGAAGCCCAAUUACUACCGCCCCAGAAAAUUCUGCUGUCUCUCCAGGAAUCUGUGAUAAUAUUCCGCGAUGCUCCAAAUGUGAAGAUGCUUUUCAGAGUGGCAUUCCGUCCAGUAAAAACUUCGGGGAGCAUCAUGAGGGAGAGGAAGUUGUUUGGCUUCGCUGUGAUGUAUAUGACACUGGAAUAGGAAUACCAGAGAAGUCUUUACCGUUGUUGUUCGAGAGGUAUAUGCAAGCCAGUGCUGAUCAUGCAAGAAAAUAUGGUGGGACAGGGCUUGGCCUUGCAAUCUGCAAGCAGUUGGUGGAGUUGAUGGGUGGCACUCUAACUGUAGUCAGCAAAGAGAAUGAAGGAUCAACAUUUACAUUUGUGCUACCUUGCAAAAUUCCUGUAAAAGAGGAGCACAAUGAUGAUUCAGAAGAAGUACACAGUUCUAGUUAUAAUGUCACUACCAGUGAUAUAGAAGGUUCUUUCCUUUUCAAGCCACACAUGCGAACUUCUCUUCUGUCUUCUGGUGUUUCGAUGAACAACACGAAGCUAUUUGGUGGCAAGCUUAUGUGUUGUGAUCCACCUAACAUAUUAAAUGAUCAUAAAUUAUUCUCGAAUGGUUUUACAUCAACAGAACAGAAUUUUGCAGACUGUACCCCUGCUAUUCGGCAAUCAAAUGGUCCUAGUGUUAGUGUUAGAAGCACAGCUGAAGAACAACAUGAUAAUGCAAUGGUCGUUGAACUGAAUAGUCAAGCUGAACGGGUUUCCAGUUCCCGUGGAGACUCAGUAUCAGUUUCAGGUGCUAGCUUUCAGGAGGAAACGAGGCCAUGCAAAGUUCUUGAAAAGCAGUCGCUCCACAAGAAAUCCAAGUGUUCUCCAAGUGGCAGUAAGGCGAAGAUCCUCCUAGUUGAAGAUAACAGGGUCAACAUAAUAGUGGCAAAAUCAAUGCUGGAGCAGUUGGGUCAUGAAAUAGACAUCGUAAAUAACGGAAUGGAAGCAAUCCGUGCAUUGCAGAAUCAUCAAUAUAAUCUCAUUCUGAUGGAUGUUCACAUGCCAGAAAUGGAUGGCCUACAAGCCACUAGACAUAUCCGUUCUUAUGAGAAUACCGGCUGUUGGGAUGCUUCUGUAAAGCCUGAAGACAAUCAGAUGAUAGCUGACUCGGUUAUUUCAUCUGGUUGCGCACAUGCAAAAAAGCAUGGGCAGAGGGUUCCUAUAAUUGCAAUGACAGCGAAUUCAUUUGCAGAGAGUGCCAAUGAGUGCCUUGCUGCAGGCAUGGAUUCCUACAUAUCUAAGCCAGUGAACUUUCAGAAUAUAAUAGAAUGCCUGCAGCGGUAUUUGCCAUCUCAAUGACUAACCAAUUAUUGUAAAAUAGAAAGGCAAUUUGUAGCUUAGGAAAGUUUUGUGAAAUUAUAUCAGUAUUUUUCUUGUACAUCAAUGCGUAAUAAAUAUAAUGUAUCCUGUCUUGUCAACCAUACCUUACAAUUGGGAGACACAGACAGAGCUCUUUUUUGAGAGAGCAUUCUGAAUCUGACCUAGCCCUAUCAGUAAGACCAGAUAGCUAACUCAAAACUCUAGGGUCCCCAUUUGUUGUAUGAGACAUGAUAUUGUGAUCACCUGUACAUAAUUUUUAUGGAGGUUCUUAUCCUUUAGCAAUUAGCCAUCUAUUUGUAUCAGGAGCAACAUCGGGUUUUUGAUGAUGUGAUGUAGAAGCAAAGCUGGUCAUAUUAUGGUGUGAAACAGCUAUCAUUGUAUAUGUAUUGCUGCAACAUUUCUGGAUUAAAGCUGUCAUCUUAUUGAUACGGAACUUCUAAUAAUUUCUGCUCAAAGCUU